GCGUCGUAAGACACUAGCCCGUUAACAGCGCACCGAAAAAGCUGCCCCCGCAGGCUACACAGUCUCUGGACCGUCCAGGAGAGUCGACCGCGGCUACAAGUCUCUUCUCCGUCCAGGGGACUCGACACGGCAGCCUCUCUGCACCGUCCAGGGGAGUCGAGACGGCAGCCCAGACGACACGUCUCUGCACCCCGUCCAGAGAAAUCGAGGCAGCCAACCAUGGCCAUGCUCGCGGCCAUGCGCCAGCUCCUGGAAGAAAAACGCCGCCUGGAGAAGGAAACUACAACCGACGACGCCUGGGCGACGCGUCCCGGGCCGGGCGCGUCCGACCUCGCACCCGGUCUAGAAGCCGCCGUCGCGGCCUCCCGAAAGUUCGCCGCCGAGGCGCGGACGCCGCUGUUAAGAGCGAGACGGAAGUGCUGGUACGACGCUGAAAUUCAAAAACCGGUCAUCCUGCGAGAUUUGCUUUCAUCAGAUGACGUCGCGAAGCUGCGACGCAUGCGCGCCGCGCUCGAGGCCUCCGGGCGCACGCCGCACAUGUUCCGCGAUACUACAGAAGAAUCGAACCACGCCGUCUGCUACUUGCACUACGACGGCUUCGCCCAAAGAACGGAACCGGAGUUGAUGGAAAGGCUGCUGGCCGCGAUGCGGGCCCACGCGCCGUCCGUCUGGCCGCGGUCGACGCGCGAGUUGCGGGUGAGGUGCAUCGAGUUGCACACCUACCAGGCGGGCGGCGGCUUGUUCCUGCCGAGCCACCGCGACAACGACUCCGUUUUGACGCUCAGUUGUCGUGUGUCGGAGGACGGCGCCUUUGGUGGAGGGCGCUUCGUCACGUACGACCGCGGCGCGCCGGUGGCGCACCGCCUCGACCAGGGGUCCGCCGUGCUCUUUCCCUCGGAGAAGCUCCACAACAUCGAACGGGUGGAACGCGGGACGCGCGAGUCCCUCGUCAUCGAGCUGUGGGAGGGCGAUACGAACGGCGUCGAUCGGUUUAAGUAGGG